AUGGGGAGUGAAACUGUGGCAGAGAAUUGGUUUGGUAAUGUAUGGAGAAGUUCGCGCAAGGGUAGAUCAUUGGAUCCUAAGAAGCCUGUGAUUGGAAUUUUGGCAUUUGAAGUCUCAAGGUUGAUGUCGAAAGUGGUUAAUAUAUGGCAGUGUCUUGGUCAUCAGCAGAUUGUUGGAUUGAGAGAGGAGAUUGUAAACUCAAUUGGCAUUCAAAAACUUGUUUCCCGAGAUAAUGACUAUCUGAUGGAUCUUGUUCUUGCUGAGAUAAUUGAGAAUCUGGUGAGUGUGGCGAAGUCUGUGGCUAUUCUGGGGAAGAAGUGCGAAGACCCAAUAUACCACAAUCUGGAACGAGUAUUUGACGAUCCAGGCGAGAUAGAUCCCAAAUGGACAUGUUUGCAGUAUAGGCUCAAGAAGAUGGAGAGGAAGGUUAAGAAAAUGGAGAAGUUUGUCGUGUCUACGGAGCAAUUGCAUCGAGAGCUUGAAGUGUUGGCAGAGUUCGAGCAGAAUCUGAGGCGAAUGAGGGCUGGUGCUGGUGUGGGCAAAGUGAAUUUAUUUGAGUUUCAGCGGAAGGUAGUGUGGCAACGUCUGGAAGUGAAGAAUCUUCGGGAGACAUCUCCUUGGGUUAGAACGUAUGAUUAUAUUGUUCGGCUGCUUUUUAGAUCCCUAUUUACGAUUGUGGAGAGGAUCAAGCACCUAUGUAGGAUAAACCAGAUCGGAAAUGUUGAGGGUCAUAAUCAGUAUGAGCACCCCCACAGUGAUUUGCUUAUACAGAAUUCUGUCUUAGCUCGUAUGCCAUUAUCAGUUUGUACAUCUGAAAACAAGUUACAUAGGUCAUUUUUUGAUCUGGGCUUCUCUGAUGACAAGAGUAGAUCAAGGAAUAAGCAGUUGCCUGUUCUUUCCCUGUCAUCCAUCCAUUCGGAGAAAAAUACUCAAAUGAAAGCCAGACGAUUAGCUCUUGAUGGUUUGGAAGGACAGAUGAUUGGUGGAAGUAAUUCGCCUGUUAAAGGGAGCUACAUACCUUCAAGCAAUGACACUUUGGGGUCGAAUGAUACUUCUAAAAAAAACACUGAUGACACCAAAGCAGUUCCAACUGGAUACUGUUGCACAACUCCCACUAAACGCUCUUUCUUCAAUUCCAAGAGGAAGCUGUUAAAUGCCCCUACAUCUACUAUUGGUUACGCUGCUUUGGCUCUCCACUAUGCAAAUGUCAUCCUAAUAAUUAAGAAGCUAGCUUCAGCUCUCGAAUUGAUCAGUCACGACCUAAGAGAUGAUCUUUACAAUAUGUUACCAACAAGUAUCAGAAACCGUCUGAGAGAAAAGCUCAAGGUAUUUUCCAAAUCUUCGGGUUCAUUGACUUAUGAUGCAGCCUUUGCAGAGGAGUGGAAGUUAGCAAUGGCAAGGAUGCUGGAAUGGUUGUCUCCACUUGCUCUUAACACGAUAAGAUGGUAUUCAGAUCUGAACGUUGAAAGGCAGCGAGUGACUUUUGGGUCGAAUGUGCUUCUUGUCCAGACCCUUCACUUUGCCAAGCAAGUAAAGACUGAAGCAGCAAUCGUUGAACUUAUCAUGGGAUUAAAUUACCUCUCAAGAUUUCGUAGAGAAAUUGAAGAAAAAACCUCUGUGCAGUCUUCAUUCAGUAGAGCAUGUGAUGGUUAUAUUUUACCCAAGGAUAGUUUUUAUUAUAACAUGAUUGAUGAUACGUCAUUACAGAUUUCUCAUGUGCCUUGCAGAAUUUAA